AUGAAGCGUCUCGCGCAGUCGAGCCUCUACAUCGACUACCGCACGGAGAACACGGGCGACCUCGCCUGCAAGACCGUCAUCGAGGUGCUCGUGCCCAUCGCCCUGGCCGACAACAAAAAGGGCCCGCCCAGGGUGACCGAGGCUCUCCCGCGAUGGCUCGACGAGCGCCUCUACCUCGAUACGGAAACGUUCCUCCUGGACGUCUUCCACUUCCGUCCGUCGGGCCUUGAGGGACAGAUGAGCAUGUACUGCCAGCGCGUCGUCGACAUCCUCAUCACGCCCGCGCUCGUCCCCGCCGAGUCCCUCCCCUUUGCCUCCGGGGGAAGUCGGGCGCUCAAGCUCGGCAGCGACCAGUUUGAUGCUGCUCUGGCCGCAUACUCCGAGGGCGCCCUCUCCAAGCAGCUCGGCAGCAACGUCUACCAGCUCUACCUUGCCGAGCCCGCCAGGCAGCGCCUCAGUCAGGUCGCGGCGGCAAAGUCCAAGGCGUGGAACUCGAACCUCGAGGCGCUCGAGGCGCAUGCCACCAAGUUCCACGACGACGUCCUCCCUGGCAUUCUGGAGACCCGUCGAAGGCAGUGA